AUCGACGCCGACUUUUCAAGAUGCCGUCCCAAAAGUCAUUCCGCACCAAGCAGAAGCUUGCGAGAGCCCAAAAGCAAAACAGACCCAUCCCACAAUGGAUCCGUUUGAGGACUGGUAACACCAUCCGGUAUGUUCAAGAUUUGGAAUGCCCCAAGGCAUCAGCACAAAAACCAGACUUCCACCUCUUCGAUUCCCCUUUCGACUUUGUAAAGUCGAGAUGA